UAAGAUCACUGUGCAGUGUUUAUUUUUAACCGCAACGUAAAAUAUAUGUUUUGAAUAAAAUUGUUGAAUAAAUGUAACGUUUAAACUUCUUCAACUUUUGCAGAAGUCAAAAUGGGCACAAGAUUAUUGAGUAGAUUCAUAGGCCCUGUACUUAUGAACACAAGAAUAUUACCUAACCUCACACACGAAAGUAAAAAGAUUGUUUACGCCGGAGCAAACUGUACGACAAUUAGAAACUAUGCCAAGAGUAAAGACAGAGGUAAAGACAGGAAAGAUAAAGGAGGUAAGGUUGAGAUCAACCCCGCCAUGAUGUCAGAGUUAGUUCCUGUCGAUAAGCUUAAAGGUAGGUGCCAAAAUGCUAUCGAGAAAAUGAAGGACGACUUUGCUAAAAACCUCUCUUUGAGAUCGACGACAGGAGCCAUAGAUACACUGCGAAUUAGAUACGACGGUAAAGACUACGAACUACAAGAGCUAGCUCAAAUAGUCAGAAAAAACCCUAAAACUAUUGUUAUAAACUUUUCAUCGUUUCCUCAAGUAAUACCAGAUGUCUUGAAGGCGAUACACAGCUCAGGACUGAAUUUGAAUCCUCAGCAAGAUGGUACAACAUUGUACGUUCCUGUUCCCAAAGUAACCAAGGAACAUAGAGAAGCAUUAGCUAAGAGUGCCAAAGCUCUUUACAUUAACUGCCGGGAUGCAAUUAAAGAUAUUCAAAAUGACUACAUAAAGAAAAAUAAAAAGCAGACCUCUGUAUCUGAGGAUCUAGUUUUUACUGUCAAUAAGCAAAUAAUAGCAUUAUGUGAAGAGUAUCUCAACGAGGCAAAAAAGAUUUAUGAAACAAAACAUAAUGAAUUGCUUAACAAAUAACCAUUUGUAGCAUUUACUAUUUAAGGUUUUUUCUUAUGUAGAUAGUUAACAACUUUGCAUUAUAUCUUUUCAAGCUUAAAAAACAUAAAAUUUAGGAAUCAUACAAAUUAUUCUCUUGUUAUAUUUUGAAUUAGAAAAUGCUAAAAUAUUAAGUUAUAAUAAAAAAGAUAAAUGAA